AUGACUGAAGUAAUACGUCGAGUUGUUGAUGAAACGAGAAGAGAAUGUGAAGGACUUUUACGUACUUGGGUAUUCAAUAAAAAUGGUGCUGCUGGUUGUUUCAUUAUCAAAAAUGAGUUAGUUCAAGCUGCAGACUGUUACCGAGAUGUAUUACGUUCAACUGAAAGUCUCGAAAGACAUCAUGGUAUUCUUGCUGACUGGAGUCAACGACUUCAUUCAGUAACAAAUUUACACUGGUUAAUUGAAAGUAAAAAAGUUCCACUAUUAGAUGAACCUUUACCUGUUCUACCGAAUAGACCACCACCGUUAUUACAAAAUGCCUCAUGCUCUGUUGUUUCAAUCAAAACUAAAAAAUGCGAAGAGUUUAGUCUUGAAGGAUUAGAUCCUCGUGUGGAUAGAGAUCUACAGGCUAAAGCUGAACGCAUGCGAACUACAUAUAUCCAAAUGCAUUCUCAAUUACUCGCCAAAGUACGUGACAGCUUAGAUCCAAUUGUAACACAAUUAGAUGAUGAAUUUGAUUAUCACCGAAGAAAUAGAACUAGUGAUCAGCUAACGGAGAAAAUGGCUGCUAUAGACGCUGGAGGAUGGCUUAGUUGGCUUACAGAAGCCAUAGACUGGCUUAUUGCUUCAGGUUUAGGCAACAGCUUGAUUGAUAUGCUUAUAGCAAGUUUUCAAAGUACACCACAUAUGAAUCGAGGUGGAUUCAGAACAACGCUUCUUCAUGCUGGUUCUCCGAUUAGUUUCAAAGCUAUGCUGUUAACUGAACUAGGUGAAGUUUUCACAACACGUGAACAAAUGAGAAUAGCUAUGAAACCAAUGGAUGAUACAUGGACGUCUUUUAUUAAUGGUCAAGAAGUUGAUCAAAGUAUUCUCCAACCAUUUUAUCAAUGUUGUGCUAGAAUUUUCGAUACAGAUGAUGAAAACAAACGCAAAGAAGAGAAAAAGAAGACUAAGGUUAAAUCAGAGGAGAAAACAAAAAAAUCUCAGCCAAAUGGUACUACUACUACUACUACUCCUACUCCUACUGCUACUGGUAGUCGUCGUUCACCAAAGAAAACACAUUGUGCUUAUUGUAUUGCUUUAAGAGCACUACGGGAUUAUCAACGUGCACUAAACCAUGAACGUGCAAAAUCUACUUCAAGUCGUCCAUAUAUCCAUGAAUUUGAUGUUGAUGAUAAUUCAGAGGCAUUAAAAAAAUCAUCUACUGCUAUGGCGGCUAUAGAAGCAGCAGGAACUGGUCUUAUUUUAAAUAAUCCAUUAGUUAUGUCAUUGUCUAUUGUCUGUCAACAAACCUCCAAACUUUUAUCGAAUACUCCGCAAAGUGAAUUACCAUUUUCAAAAAUUUAUUAUCAAGCAAAAGCUAAACGUUUAGAACAAUUAAUACGUUUAAUGGGAAAAGAGAUAUUAUUAACAAGUCGUACACAAUCUUUGACCAAAGAAUGGUGGAAUAUACACGAUGAUACUGAACAGUUUGUUGUUCGCCUGCAAGCCACAUGUCCAACAGGCUUAGCAUUUAUUCAUCAAGAUGAGGUUGAUCAUCAACUAUAUCGUUCUUUAGUUGAAGCUGAUAUGAUAUGGCCCCGACUACAGUCUCGUCUUGGCCGUUAUAAUUUUCUGCGCAACGCUUAUUUGUCAGCAGUGACUGGCUUACCGACAGAUGAAAAUAAUCCAAAUAAUAGUGAACGGCCAAGAACUCAUCCAAUUGAAUGUCCUACCUGUUUUCAAUCACAUUCACCAUCAACACCAACGUUUGUUUUACUACCUGGUUGUUGGCAUAGUUUAUGCUUUAAUUGUCAUCAGCGUAUAGCUACAAUGCCAGAAACCACUCAACGACGUUGUCCUAUCUGUCGGACACCAUUUGAAUCAAGAGAGAUCACAGGUAUGAAUGCUCGACGUCGACAACCUUUAACACUUAUUCACUAUGCUGGUAAUGAAACAAAGCAAGAAAAUCAAGUGAAAUCUGAAGAUAACGAAGAAGACUUGAAUAUAGUGGGUGAUCAUAGCACAAAAGUGAGAGCUGUUAUACGAUGCUUAAAAGUGAUUAAACGUGAUGAUCCAGAUGCUAAAGCUAUUGUUUUCAGUUCUUGGUUAUCAGUCCUAGUAACACUAGCUGGAGCAUUAGAUCAAAAUGGUCUAUCUUAUACAACUUUAUUUCAUGCACGUGAUGCAUGUUGCCCUGGAAGGUUAGCUGGUUUUCAAUGUUUUGGUUCAACAACAUGGAUACUUUUAAUGCCUGUUCAACUCGGUGCAAAUGGUUUAAAUUUAACUUCAGCAAAUCAUGUACUUUUUAUUGAUCCAGUGUUAUCACAUGCAAGAGAAGCGCAAGCAAUUGCUCGAAUACACAGAAUUGGACAAACAAGACCUGGAAUUGUUCAUCGUUUCUUGGUUAAAGAUAGCAUUGAAGCCACCCUGCAUGCAUCACAUUGUCGUAAUACAAAAGUUGGUCCGUAUAAUUUAGACACAGAGUGUAUGAUUGGUGCUGGUACAAAACGAACCUCUUCUACUGCCUUGGGUGUUGCUGGCCCUAGUGAAGAUAGAGAACAAUUAAUGAGUAUGACAAUUGGACAGCUUACAGAAUUAUUACAUUAUGAGUGCAAUACAGCUAUGCUAACAGAUGAAAUGGCAUUGCCAUCAUUUUCUUUGAUAUAA